UAGAACUUGCGGGUAAAAUAAGUAUAACAAAAUAUAUCCAUUCUAAAAGCUUUCAUCGUCAUCCAAGAUGUCAUCUACCCAGGAUGAGGCUAUAUUGCGGAAUGCCAGGGAAACCAUAGACUCUUUAUAUGAUCUUUCCCAGUUGCUUCAAACCGGAUUGGAUAAGAGCACUCUCUCAAUCUGCGUGGGUAUGAUAGAACAAGGCGCCAACCCCGAUACCUUGGCUGCCGUCAUCAAAGAAUUGCGCUCAGAGAAUGAAGCUCUAAACUCCCAAAGUAAUGCUUAGGAUCAGGGCGGUUUCGUUUAGUUUUUUGUGAUAUAUAGUUCUCAAGGAUAAUUGUUUGUUGUAUCAAAUAUUAUUAUCUUAUCACACCCAUCUUUUCACAUC